AUGUUGAAACGGAUUAUGCAUUGUGAAGUAUGUGACAAACCAGGUCAUAAUUCUCGAUUCCAUAAGAAUGAUAAGAAUACUCAAGCUUCUCAAGCUUCUCAAGGGCAAGCUUCUCAAGGCGAAGCUUCUCAAGGCCAAGCUUCUCAAGCUCAAAAGGAAAAAAAGAAGAGUACUAAAGGGAAAGCUUCUCAAGGCGAAGCUUCUUAA